GGAUAGGGAGUAAAUCAUCCGCUGAGGUUUCUUGUGCAUCAAGCCAACCUGGUAAUAAAGUCAAAGCAGAUUACCCAGACUUGCCAGGCUAACGAAUCUGCUACGACCUCCCCCCACCCAAUCCAAGCCAGCGCUCCGGCUAUGAGACUUCCUCGAUAAUCGCUAAUUGCGAUAUGGUGAUACGCUCGCAUUCAUCUCCUCCGCUUUAUCUAUCUCCUGAUUCACUUCGCAUAUCUCUCUAUCCGUAUACCUUUCCGCUUCGUAUGAAGUCCCUGCAUAGUGGUUUGAUAGCCUCAGUUGCGAGAGGUUGUGGUCUCUCCUUCAUCUCUCCUUCUUCAUCUCUCCUUCUUCAUCUCUCCUUCUUCAUCUCUCCUUCUUCAUCUCUCCUUCUUCAUCUCUCCCUCUACACCUCUUAUCUUACCUCUGUCUUCAUCCUCAUCUAUCUCAGUAUUGAAUCAUCACAUCCUAUUUAUCUACUCAAAUACUUUAUCAAUAUAGCGUCCACUCCAAGUCUCAUAUUUCACAAAUCUGCUGACGCUAAAAACCCGCCACUGAAAACUUCUGAGCAGAACACGAAUGAUUUUAUAGAUGAUGUAAUCAACUGGAAUGACGAAACACCACAAACAAUAGAUUAUCUGAAUAAAGGAACACCAGUAAAGAUGACCGAGCACGAAUCGAAAAACUCCUCUCCCACCAAGAAGGUACCCAACAAGAAGGUACCCACCAAGAGGGAUUAAAUGGAACAGCUGCACAUCUCAAAUAAAAGUGAAUGGAUAGAGUGGCUCUAAUUUGAUGUGGUGAAACCUUUCUGGAUUGAGUUGUGGGAAGACUGCCUGGAGUAUGCAACUCGGAACAAGAGGGGUCUGGGGUUGGCAGCUGUGCAAGAACAGAUGAUCAGGGGAGAGGCACGAGGCCUGGCGAAGUAUAGCCGAAGAAUACCAGAGAAAAUCGAUUGGGACACACGGGACCACCUCGCGAGGUUCAUGGUUCAGGUGAAAGC